AUGGUUAGAAUCAGAGGAGGAUCUACUAGUGCCGGACGGUCUUUUAGACUUAGAGAUGAGAACAUUAAAUUUGUGAAACCGUCUACCAAAGCACCUAAAAAGAAGAUUGUGACCCGUGGUGGUAAAGUGAAGCAAACUGCCCAAAGAAAAAGGGUUUCUCCAACUGCUGAACCAUCUGAUGAGCAGAUGGAAGAGCAAAACUCUAAAGAAAACACAAAUGAAAGAAACAUUGCUGAGAAUCAGCAAACACCUGAACCCUUCACCAAGAAAUCUCCAAGGACAAGGACUGAGGCUCAAAAUAUUGGGUCAUCUGCCACACAAACCUCGAAAAGGAAACGUUCUGCGAAGGAUCCAUUAUCUCAGCCGUUUCUGCUCAAAAUUAGCACUGACAGUCGUAGGAAGCUCUCUUAUGGCAAAUUUCUGACCCCUAUCUUUGCCCAUUUUGAAAUACCUUUUUCUGAAAAAUCACCCAAAGACAGUGCUUCAACAGUUUUCUCAAAAGCUUAUUUUGAAAGAAAGAACUUAAGAUUUUUUGAUGGCCAUUGGUGCUAUAAGGAGACUGUGGCUGAGUCUAGAAGGAAAAACUUUCAUGAAACCCCUGUCACUCCUAGGACUCCUCGUGAUCAGUCAGACUAUGUCUCUCCUUUCACCAUUCAUCCUAGAAAGUCUGCCAGCAAGUCCCUCUCUUCCAAUUCUGAGAAAGAGCCAAGACCUGAGCCCACAGGGCCAACUACUGGUACUGAGGCCACACCAGCUUCCAGCUCUCAGCCCAAGGAUAAAGGCAAGGCUCCAGCUACUGAGGAGGCAUAUGAAGAAGACGAUGAAGAAACUGAGGAAGAAGUGGCUCCUGAACAGUUUCGUCUGGCCAGGAGGAGGCCUGGAUCAUCUAAAAUCACUAUCUAG